AUGGCGUGGGGCACCUUCGGGGCAUCGCCGGGAGCGCCGCCGAACCCGGGUUUCGCGGGCGCAUCCUCCCGGGAGGCGGGCGGGAUCCGCCGAGCCCGACGGCUGGCGGUGCUGGGCACCGCCGCGGGGCUCGCGUCGGGGCUCGGGAUCCAGCGCAGGGCCGCGCACGCCAAGAUGGGGCCCGGCGGCACCGGCGGCGGCACCGGAUCCGAUGGACAGGGUAAGCGACCCGCCGUCGGCGCCUUCACGCACGCGAUGGCCGGCGCGUUCGCCGGGGGAGUCUCGCGCGUCGCCGUCGCCCCGCUCGACGUCGUCAAGAUCCGCAUGCAGGUGCAGGUGGAGCCCGUGCUGAACGGCGUCGCGGGGGGCAAGUACAGGGGCAUCGUGCAGUGCGCGACGACCAUCUUGAAGGAGGAGGGCGCUCGCGGGCUGUGGGCCGGCACCGUUCCCGCGCUCUUCCUGUGGGUGCCCUACACCGCCAUCCAAUUCGCGUCGCUGGGCGAGUUCCGCAGGCGAGCGCGCGAGGCGGGACGCGACCCGACCGCGCCGCCGUGGGCCUUCCUCGGCGGCGCCAUCGCGGGCGCGUCCGCCACCGUGUGCACGUACCCGUUCGACGUCAUGCGCACCGUGCUCGCGGCGCAGGGCUCCCCGAGGGUGUACCAUUCGCUGGCGCAGGCGGCCACCGGCAUCGUUCGAGAUAGGGGCGUCGCCGGGCUGUACGCCGGGUGCGGCGUGACCCUCAUCGAAAUCAUACCCGCGUCCGCCAUACAGUUCGGCGCCUACGCGGCGCUGAGGAACCUGGCGACGCGCGGUGGCGUCUACGGGGACGAUGGGGAAAUCGAAUCGAACCGGGGCGGCGGGGGCGAGCGGAAAAAGAUGGACGAAGCGGGCGAACGGAGGAUCGAUCCGGCGACCAACGCGGCGUGCGGCUUCGGCGCCGGGACCGUCGCGCGGCUCAUCAUCCACCCACUGGACGUGGUGAAGAAGCGGUUCCAGGUGGCGGGGUUGGCGAGGAGCCUGAGGUACGGCGAACGCGUGGCGCCCGCGGCGUACGCGAAUUUCGCGAGCGCGGUCGGCGCAAUCCUGAAAAAGGAGGGAGUCGCGGGCUUUUACAAGGGUCUGCUCCCCGGGGUGAUCAAGUCGGCGCCGGCGUCCGCGAUCACGUUCGCGGUGUACGAGGCGACGAUGGUGGCGCUGUCGGCGAUGAACGCGGGUGAGCGAUGA